AGGAAACCCGGCUCGCUCCGGUCCGAGCGGGUCCGUCGGAUUCGUCAAGGUCGUUUUUAAUGAGCUCGUUUGCAAACUCAGUCGGGCAGCGGAGGCCGAGGCGGGAAGACUGGUCAGGGGUGCUACAAAAAAGGGGGUGCGGUCCACCUGAAAGGUCCCCGGGAUGGAGCGCCCUGUCCCCAGGGGGCUGCGGGGGGAGAAGGAAGAGGAGGAGGAGGAGAGGGUGCUGGUGUCGGAGCACAUCUGGAGACCCUGCCCCACCGCCCGGAGAAGGGUCCGAGGGUGCUUGGAGUGGGUGAGGCGGCAGCUGUUCCGCGUCGGGGAGGAUUGGUACUUCCUCUUCAUCCUGGGGGUGCUCAUGGCCACCAUCAGCUUCGCCACGGACAUCAUCAUCGUCAGGCUCCACGCGGCCCACAUGUGGCUGUACCGAGAGAUCGGGGACAUCGGGGUGCUCAAGUACCUCUCGUGGACCCUGUUCCCCACGGCACUGGCCGCCUUCUCCACCGGCUUCUCCCAGAGCAUCACUCCGUACUCCGGAGGCUCCGGAAUCCCGGAGCUGAAGACCAUCCUGAUGGGCGUGGUGCUAGAGGACUACCUGGCCAUCCAGAACUUCGGAGCCAAGGUGGUGGGGCUGACCUGCACCCUGACAUGCGGCAGCACUAUUUUCCUUGGCAAAUUGGGUCCCUAUGUGCACCUCUCUGCCAUGGCUGCAGCCUAUCUGGGGAAGAUGAGGACCACGGUCACGAGGGAAUAUGAGAACAAGUUCAAGCAGCACGAGAUGCUGGUGGCAGCUCAAGCCGUCGGGGUGGCCACAGUCUUCGGGGCUCCCAUCAGUGGGGUGCUUUUCAGCAUUGAGGUGAUGACCCCUCACUUUGCCGUGCGGGAUUACUGGCGCGGCUUCUUCGCCGCCACCUGCGGCGCCUUCAUGUUUCGGCUCCUGGCCGUGUUCAACAGUGAGCAAGAAACCAUCGCCGCUGUUUUUAAGAGUGACUUCAAGAUUGAUUUUCCCUUCGACCUCCUGGAGACCUUCUUUUUUCUGAUUUUGGGGACCAUCUGUGGGAUCGUGGCCUGUGCUUAUCUCUUCUGCCAGCGCUGGAUGAUAGUGGCCGUCAGGAGGAACCGGCUGACAGCCAAGCUCUUGGCCACUGACAAACCCGUGUACACAGUGCUGGUGGUGCUGCUCCUCGCCUCCAUCACCUUCCCGCCUGGGCUGGGGCAGUUCAUGGCCUCCAGGCUCACCAUGAAGGAAUAUCUCAUCUCCUUCUUUGACAACCGCACGUGGGGCGUGCUGGCUGCCAACACCUCAGGGGUGGCCAAGCCUGGGGGGCUCUGGCAGGAAUGGGACCAUCCCUCUGCCACCAUCUACGCCACCUUGACCUUCUUCCUGCUCAUGAAGUUCUGGAUGCUGAUCCUGGCCACCACCCUGCCCCUGCCAGCCGGGUACUUCAUGCCCAUCUUCAUCUAUGGAGCAGCAAUCGGGCGCCUUGUGGGGGAGGUGGUGGCCCUGCUCUUCCCACAGGGGCUCCAUUCAGAAGGAACCCCACGGCCCAUAAUUCCUGCUGGCUACGCCCUGGCUGGCGCAGCCGCGUUCUCGGGCUCGGUGACCUACUCGCUGUCCACGGCCCUGCUGGUGUGUGAGGCCACCGGGUACCUGGGCCACAUCCUGCCCACCGUGCUGGCCGUGCUGGUGGCCAACGCCAUCAGCCAGAAGAACCAACCGUCCUUCUACGACGGCAGCAUCAUCGUCAAUAAGCUGCCCUACCUGCCCCCCAUCCGCAGCCGGCACAUCGCCUCCUACCAAGUGGUGGUGGAGGAGUUCAUGGAGCGCCAGGUGGUGGCCUUGGCCAAGGGGGACGGUUUCCAGGAGGUGCUGGUGGCCUUGGAUGCCUCUGCCGAUGCUGAGUACCCUGUGGUGGAGAGCACAGUGUCCCCCACUCUGGUGGGCACCGUCAGCAGGUCCCAGCUGGUCACCUUCCUCCAGAGCCACAAGCACCCUCAGGCCCCCCAAGGGGAGAAGCUGGCCACUGUGGGGACACUUGGGGACGACUGCACCAUCGAGCCCAUCAUGCUCCAGUUCUCCCCGUGGACCUCCCUGCACCAGGCCCAUCACCUCUUCCAGCUUCUGAAGCUGCAGCGAGUCUUUGUCACCCGCUCUGGGGAGCUGGUGGGAGCCGUGAGCAGGGCAGAGCUGCGGAGAGCAAUCGAGGACCUUGCCAAGCCCAAGUGAUGACGUUUUGGGACCACAGGGGACCCUCCCCACCGACGUCCCCCAUGAAAAAUGGGGAGUCCUGACCCCCUCUGCGGUGUGGGGGGUCUGGGCUGGCGGAAUCGGUUCUCCAGCAGAGGGUGUUGUGCAUUACACCAUCGACUCAUCA